AUGUCUUCUUUCGAGUCUGUGGUCGUCAUCGACGGCAAGGGCCACCUCCUCGGUCGCCUCGCCAGCAUCGUCGCCAAGCAGCUCCUCAACGGCCAGAAGAUCGUUGUUGUCCGCUGCGAGGCCCUCAACAUCUCUGGCGAGUUCUUCCGCGCCAAGCUCAAGUACCACUCGUACCUGCGCAAGAUGACCCGGUACAACCCCACUCGCGGUGGUCCCUUCCAUUUCCGCGCUCCUUCCCGCAUCUUCUACAAGGCUGUCCGCGGCAUGAUUCCCCACAAGACUGCCCGUGGCGCCGCUGCCCUUGAGCGCCUCAAGGUCUUCGAGGGUGUCCCUCCCCCCUAUGACAAGAAGAAGAAGAUGGUCGUUCCCCAGGCUCUCCGUGUCCUGAGACUCCAGCCCGGUCGCAAGUUCUGCACCGUUGGCCGUCUCAGCUCUGAGGUCGGCUGGAAGUACGAGGAUGUUGUUGCCAGACUCGAGGAGCGCCGCAAGGCCAAGGGCGCCGCCUACUACGAGCGCAAGAAGCUCGCCGCCCGCCAGCUUUCCGAGGCCAAGAAGAGCGCCAAGGUCAACGACAAGACCGCCGAGGCUCUCAAGGAGUUCGGUUACUAG